GAUGCAAGGUUGUCGCCGUACUGGGCCAACGAUACAGCCGCAUACACUGGUGUUGGCUCCGUAGACUGGCCAACUCAGUGUUCUUGCUACAAACGAGAUGUAUGCAUACAUUUUUGAAUGACAAAAAUAACAAGAGAUUAGGACUGAAAACAUUUGGGUGCGGCGUUCUUCUGAAGAAAGGAUUCUGCUUUGGCGGAUUUUUUUUUCUUUUGCCUUCUGUAUUUCCUUGGCUGUUGUGGACAUUUUGGAUUCCUUUUUAGUUUUAAUGUUCGUUUUUAAAAAUUUACCCAAAUACAAUUAUUAUUUUUAACUAUUUCCACCGUUUAUUUUAGUAAUCGCUUUUUGUUUAUGUAUUGUCUGACUGGACACUUUUUCAGCGAGACGCAAACUCUGAACAGUAAAGAACUUUUGAGGGGAUUGGUCUCGCGAAAGAAUGCGUCUGACUGAUUAGCUAGCCAGCUAGCUAGCUAGGUGUAAUUUAAGUGGAUGCUUGGAAGAAACAAACCUUGUCGGCCAGCGAAUUUAUACAGUUUAAAACGUUGGUGGAUUUAACAAUUUUCGGACUAUAUAUCAAAUGAGAAACUAAAUCGACACCGUUGUAUGAUAAGCACCUGUGCUGCUGUUGGGUCUCUCACCUGCCACCACUUGGGAUCCAGUAGCCCGGGUCAUAAAUGACAAGUGCCUGAGGAUGUCGAGCAAGCGGAACCUGUUUGUGCGGCUGGUGCCAUGCCGCUGCCUGCGGGGGGAGGAAGAGACGGUGACGUCACUAGACUACUCCCACUGCAGCCUGGAGGCAGUGCCUAAGGAGAUCUUCAGCUUCGAGAAGACCUUGGAGGAGCUCUAUCUGGACGCCAACCAGAUUGAGGAGCUGCCCAAACAACUGUUCAACUGCCAGAUGCUCCACCGGCUGAGCAUGCCAGACAACGACCUCACAGUGCUGCCCGCGGCCAUCGCCAACCUCAUCAAUCUCAAGGAGCUGGACGUCAGCAAGAACAGUAUCCAGGAGUUUCCAGAAAAUAUCAAGAACUGCAAAGUCCUGGCCAUUGUUGAAGCAAGUGUGAAUCCCAUCUCCAAGCUCCCAGAGGGUUUCACCCAGCUCCUCAGCCUGACACAGCUCUACCUGAAUGACGCCUUCCUCGAGUUCCUACCAGCCAGCUUUGGCAGGUUGACUAAACUGCAGAUCCUGGAGCUGAGAGAGAACCAGUUAAAGAUGUUGCCAAAAAGCAUGCACAAGCUCACCCAGCUGGAGAGAUUGGACUUGGGGAGUAACGAGUUCACUGAAGUGCCUGAGGUAUUGGAGCAGCUCACUGGAAUCAAAGAGUUGUGGAUGGAUGGAAACAGACUGACAUUCCUACCAGGGAUGCUAGGCACUCUGAAGCAGCUGUCCUACCUUGACGUCUCCAAGAACAACCUGGAGAUGGUGGACGAGCAGAUUUGUGGCUGUGAGAGCCUGCAGGACCUACUGCUUUCUAACAAUGCACUCACACAGCUGCCCGGAUCCAUAGGCUCCCUGAAGAAACUAACCGCCCUAAAAGUGGACGAGAACCAGCUCAUGUAUCUGCCAGACUCCGUCGGAGGUCUGGCAGCCCUGGAUGAGCUUGACUGUAGUUUUAACGAGAUCGAGGCUCUGCCCUCCUCCAUUGGACAGUGUGUCAGCAUACGCACUUUUGCCGCUGACCACAACUUCCUCACACAGCUGCCCCCAGAGAUGGGCAGCUGGAAGAGUGCCACUGUGCUGUUCCUGCACUCCAACAAGCUGGAGUCUCUACCUGAGGAGAUGGGAGACAUGACCAAGCUCAAGGUCAUCAAUCUCAGCGACAACAAAUUGAGGAACCUUCCCUACAGCUUCACCAAGCUUAACCAGAUGACUGCUAUGUGGCUGUCUGAGAACCAGUCGAAGCCUCUCAUCCCUCUGCAGAAGGAGGAGGAUCCAGAGACCCACAAGACGGUUCUCACCAACUACAUGUUCCCCCAGCAGACCAGGACAGAGGACUGCAUCCCUAACUCUGACAGUGAGAGCUUCAACCCCUCUUUGUGGGAGGAGCAGAGGAAGCAGCGGGCCCAGGUGGCCUUCGAGUGUGAUGAGGACAAGGAUGAGAGGGAGACGCCUCCGCGGGAGGGCAACCUGAAGCGCUACCCGACACCGUACCCAGACGAGCUGAAGAACAUGGUGAAGACGGCCCAGUCUAUCGCUCACAGGCUGAAGGAGGACGAGUCGGGCGACGAGUCGGGGAAGGAUGCCAAACCUAAUGAGCGGAUCCAUGUGGGAGUGCAGGACGUGGGAGUCAAGGUGAUCGAGGCUCCCCGCGCCAAUGGCAAGCAAUUAGAGAUGGAGCCCAAAGCACCUGUCUGUGUCCAGGACUCCACAGUACCCCUGGAGACCUCUGAAUCCUACACCUCCCAGAAGACCUCACUCCGGACCUCGGACAAUACCAAGACCAUGAACCACGAGGACACCCUGGAGUCUUUUUCUCUGCAGGAUUCUGAGGAGCUUUCAUCUGAGGAGGAGAUGAAGAUGGCGGAGAUGAGACCUCCUCUCAUUGAGAUCUCCAUCAACCAGCCCAAAGUGGUGGCACUUAGUAAAGACAAAAAAGAUGACGGUAAAGACGCUGACUCGUUGUUGGACGAGACAGUGGCCAACAGCAAUCAGAACAACAGCAACUGUUCGUCCCCGUCACGCAUGUCGGACUCGGUGUCUCUGACCACGGACAGCAGUCAGGACAACUCCCUGUGCACCCCCGAGAGAGAGGCCAAGAUGCCCUUCCUACCCAAGAGCAGGCAAGAGGAUGAGAACAUGAAUCAGCAGAAGGUAAGCACCCCUCUCCUCCAGAACGGCAACGGCCCAGACACUACCCUGCAGGCCCUCCUGAAGAACCAGCAGUCCUACGAGUCCAAGCCAGAGAAGAUUGUGGGGGACUACGACCUGUCCAUGGAGGAGAGGCUGGCCUUCAUCAAGAAGGGCAUCAACAACGGCAUGGGCGACGGCUACACCAAGUGGGACCAGAUCAACAUGAACGUGGCUAAGCUGCCGCUGCAGCCGGACAACAUGGGGGUCCAACUGGAUGACUGUCAGAAUGGCACGAGCACCAAGGAGGCCUUUCAACACUUGCCUCCGCCGUAUAACAACGAAAACUCUACGGCGCCCAUUACAGACCACUUGGAGAACGGCAACCAGAUGGGCGACCACUUUAACGGCCGCUCCAGCGAGGGAUUGGCCGUGUCGCCCAUGAGGUUAGACUCUGCCACGUCGGUGGUGCGGACUGCUUCGGCGGGCGUGACGGCCAGCAGUGACAUGUCGCUGUCUCGCAGCACAGAGGAGCUGUCCCCAGUGGCCAAGGCUCAGAGCAUCACCAACAUCGAGACAGGGGAGAUGAAGCUGUACUCCUUGGACACUGAGGGGGGCUCCUACGAGGGUGGAGUAGUGGGCAGGAUGGCCGGAGCCGUACCGGGGGCACAGGGUCAAAGCAUCGUCCGCAGCAAGUCAGCCUCCCUGCUCAACGACCAGCCCUUCCAGGUCUACCCCGGCUCGUCAGCCUCUUCCUCCGACCUGCUCUCCAGCUCCUCAAAGCCUCCUGUCAGCACCGGCCGCUACCCCGUCCCCUCAGGCAUGGCCAUGGGCCCGCUGCCUCAGUACAACGUCCAGUACACCAGCAGCGCCUUGCCCAAAGAAGGCCUGUGGACCCAUAGGACCCCCGUCCCCCCCGACCAGGGCUACCUCCCUCCACCCCAGCACUCUCUGGCCAACACCAACUACUCCAACCGCAACCAGGCCCCUCCAUAUCCCCACCAGGCCCAGCAGAGAGGCCCGCCCAUGGGGCCCAAGCAGCCCGGUGACAUGUGGGCUAAGGAGAGACACCUGCCCCCCCCCGGUAGUCAGCCACGGAGCAGCACCCUGCAGAGGCAGAGCAGCAGUUCCUCCACGGCCUCUAUGGGGGACCCCCGGCGCAUGCAGGUUCCCGAGGGAGAUUACAUGACGUACAGGGACAUCCACACCCUGGGCCGGGGGCCGCUGGCCAUAGCCCAGACCAUGCAGAGGCCUCUGUCGGCCCGCACCUACAGCAUCGACGGGCCCUGUGCCCCCAGGCCUCACACCGCCAGGCCACAGCCCCAUGAGCUGCCCGAGAGGACCAUGUCGGUCAGCGACUUCAACUACCAGCACGUCAGCCCCAGUAAAAGGCCAAACGCCAGGGUGAAGUCUGAGCACUCGCUGUUGGACGGGCCAGGAGGACCGGGAGCAGGAGCAAGGGUACCAGUGGAUUGGAGAGACCAGGUGAUGCGCCACAUCGAGGCCAAGAAAAUGGAAAAGGAUGAUGUGUUAGGUCCUCAAGGACAACAGGGCUUCACCAUGGACACCCUCCGAAAAGUGCCUUUAAUGAAUGGUCAGAUGGGCGGUCCAGUGCGAGGCCAGAUGACGUCGUGCCAGGCGCCCAUGGCCCGCCACCCCUCCAGAGAGCAGCUCAUCGACUACCUGAUGCUUAAGGUCUCCCAUGGCCAGCAGCCCCUGGGACCCCCUCCGCCACGGGCCACUCAAGACACACUGCACCAGGAGAUGCGUGUGAAAGUGGAGAAGAACCCUGAGCUAGGGUUCAGUAUAUCAGGAGGAGUGGGAGGACGGGGAAACCCCUUUCGUCCAGACGAUAAUGGCAUCUUUGUGACGAGGGUCCAGCCUGAGGGACCUGUCUCAAAGAUCCUCCAGCCUGGAGACAAGAUCCUCCAGGCGAACGGAUACAGCUUUGUGAACAUUGACCACGGGAACGCCGUAGCCCUGCUGAAGACGUUUCCCACCACUGUGGAUAUGAUCAUCAUCCGAGAGGUGACAGCGUAGAGCGAGACAGACAGGACUGUGACCUCCGAUCCAGACAAAACCACACGAGAACUGAAUGUCCACUUCCUUCUUAUUUUUAUACACAGAGGAGCUUGCUUUAUGGUGAAGAGAACCUUUAAGAGCUUUUGGGAUAACGGGGGCCGAACCACUGCAUCAAGUGGACUUGGGGGGAUAGCCCGGUUAUUUUUUACUCCCAGGACGCACCAGAGAAGGCGUGUGCUCCAAUGACACAGAGAUUUUGUAAAGACUGCUUUCUGUAAAGACUUGUUUUUCAAAGAAAAUAAUUCACCCUCAUCAUUGCAGUUUCUAGUUGCUGUAGUUGAGCAUUAACUGUAGUUGACCACUAGAGGACAGGGCUACCUCUCUUUAUCGCUCUUUGCUUACAUCCGAUUUGCCUUUAUUUUUAAGUCAUGUUAUUAUUAUUUUUAAGAUGCUGAAACCACUUGUUUGACUUAGCCGAGAUGUGAUAUGGGGGACAAUGUUAUGUGCUUUCUUGUGGAGACAAAUGUAGUACUGGAUUGAGCUUUCGGGGAGUUUCUUUUAUCAAAUUUCCCCUCUGCCUACUUACAAUUGUGACAGUUUUUGGAACGAGUUCCAUACAUAGUGGAUAUUUCAGAAGGACAAUUUAUUUGCCUCUGCCUCCAUAGAACCUGUGAGCCACACUGCAUACAUCCAGUAUCUGUACUGUCCUCAUUUUAGUGUAGGAGCAGUUUCAGUAGCCUCCAUGGCACCACUGGCUUGAAAUAUCCCUCACUCACCUCUCAACUCCUGAGCAAAUCCUCCGUCACUGAAUCAACUGCCCCGAGUGCCGACUACUUGAAUGCUGUAAAACGCUCUUUGUAUGUGAAAUGGAAUUGGGACUGGAAUAUGGAACAGAUGAUGAGAGAGGAUGCCUUUGCUUGGCCUUAGCCUAGCCAGAAUGUGAUGUGAGAAUGGGUCAGAAGGCGGAGUGGUAAAGGUAGGUAAGCUAAGCAUGUGUGGAGACCAUGGCCAGGGGUGUAUUCAUUAUGCUGAUUUUGUUGCAAAACAUUUCUUAAACGGAAGCAAACUCAACGAAACAGGGAGGGACCUAGCUAAAAGUGUCCAAUAUAAACUGUUGUUUUAGUUCCAAAAGGUUCAGUUUUGCAACUGUUUGAACGAAUGAUUACACCCCAUGUGUUGGAGGUGCUGCUGGGAGUGACACCCUAUUCCCCAUAGAGCACGCUACAUACUAGUGGUGAACUGUAUACAAAGGAUAUAGAUUGUCAUUUCAGAUGCAGCCUGUGAGACUCUGAGCAGGCCUGGUCUCUGUGCCCCUUUCACUCAUGUUUCACUCAUGUUGGUAAGACUAUAAAGGGCUUCUCCCUGAAGGCAGCCAUUGGUGACUAGAAAACACUCUCACAUGCUUUCAGAUUGAAAAGGGGUUUCUGUCUAACAUUUUUUUAAGUGGCGGAAAACAACUACAUUUUGCCUUCGUGUGUAAAAUAACAUUUUUAGACAUCAUGCAUCAUCUCUUUUUGUGUUGAGAUAGUGUUUCAUAUAUGGACUCUUUGCUCUACGCUGGAUCAAAUGAACUAGGGGGGAGCUGUCAAGUGCCAUAGACCUUGAACUGUUAGAACAAGGGGAGGGAAGGAGUGACUACCCUGACCCUCAAGCAAUAUUCACGUACUUUGUUUCACAAACUAAACGCUCUCCUCUUGAGUACACGCCGCGUGACUUGUCAUAAUGGUUUAAUAGCAAUAGGAUUGGUUUUCAUUCAGAAAGACAUCCAAUUGCAUUUGAAUAAAAUAUUGUUACACAGGAUUUAUAUUGUGAAUAUUUUUUUUAUAAAAACAUAUCUUUAGCAAAGAAACAAACAUUUUAGUCAUUUGUAAUGUUUAAUUGAAUUGUCAAAUUAUAAAAAUGCUUUUUAAAGCUACUCUGCUAUGUCCACUCAGUGUGAUCAAAAGUUUAUAGAUGUAUGUGUUGUUUGCAUGAAAUCACCCUAUGAAUUGUCUAUUUUGUGAGUUAAUCCAUGAAAAAAGUUACGUAUUUCCUACAGAAACUAAAAUGAUCCAAUUCAAAGAUAUCUACAAGUUAUGGCCCCAGUGAAAUUUGUUUACAAAUUGAUUGUAAUGCAAACACUGAAUUGUGACUGAGCAUAUAUAAAGUUAUGACAUUGUAAUUUAUGUCAUCCCAAUACCUAACAAAUGUGUAAAUGUAUAGUCCUGUAUGACUCAGUUGGUAGAGCAUGGUGCUUGUAUCGCAAGGGUUGUGGGUUUGAUUCCCGGGACUACCCAUAUGUAAAAUCAAUGCAUGCAUGAAUGUAAGUCGCUUUGGAUAAAAGUGUCUGCUAAAUUGCAUAUAUUGAAUAUUACACAUUUGAAAUGGUAUGUAAUCUACUGUACCUGACCUGUAUGUAUUCAAUUACUUCAUGCAUACAGUUUAAGAUUAUGGUACUGUCAACUUGUGACUUGAAUGGAAAACACUGUAUCAAUGAUGUUUGCUCCCCUCUUUUCCAUUUUGAAUUCCAACUGAACAUUGCGCCCAACUGAAACUGUCCUAGUUUUUUAAUCAACUGCAGCCCCAGUGGCACGCUCAUAAUAACUGCAGAUAUUUUUGUCAUUGGUCAAUGUUUGCCUCAAGCGGUGACAUUUAAGACUUCUCCUGCAUUUCCCCCUCUCAAGAUUAGUUUAAGAAACAUUGUAAUAGUUUUUUAUGCUGUUUUGUUGUGGACACUGUUCUUUUACUUUUUGAUCUGGGAAUAAGAACAAUCUAAUGAUUUUCAAGGUCAUAUUUGUUUUAUAUUCGUGGCAAAAGAAGGAAAAUAACUGUCCAAUAGACGGUAGACAAUCUGGGACUAAGACCUCGGGGCUCACCUGUUUUCCAUAUCCAACAACAACUGGUCUCUUCACAUUCACACCUUGUUUUUAUUUAUUCAGCACAUUUUCCUGUGACUUUUUAGACAUUACUAAUCAAAAUGUAAAUACUUAAAAAAAAAAGUUAAAUGAAUUAAUCAUGGCAUUAGUCACUCUGAGUUUGUAAAACUAGCAAUAAGUUGCAAUGCAUACACAACUCUUUUAAUGUAUAGCUAUUUCAAAGGUUUCUCUGGAAACAGCUACAGUAAGAUGAUUGAGAUGCAUUUAUUCAACAUUCCUGAUUUUGUAUAAAAUUAUACUGUUUCUGAGGUAACCUGUGGAAAACAAGAAAUAAACUAAUGCUCUUUAAAA